AUGGCCUCAUCCUUCAAAGCUUGCUCUAGUUUUUCUACAGCAGAAGUAAUCAUGUUAUGCAAUCGAUCAGCCAGUUUUAUCAAAACGGCCCUUGCAUCUGCCAUUGCAAGGAACAUGGGAUAUGCAGAUAUGGUAUUGCCUGGGUUUACACCAGACUGGUUUACAUUUAGUAGUGUUUUAUCAGCUUGUUCUGAAUUGGGGUGGUUGUUUCUUGGGCAGCAACUUCACCGUUGGGUCAUCAAGAGUGGGCUGUGUUUUGAUGUUUGUGUUGGGUGUAGUUUAGUGGAUAUGUAUGAAAAGUGCGCGGUGAAUUCCUCAAUGGAUGAUUCGAGGAAGAUAUACAAUCAUGUAGUGAAAUUGGGUCUUGCAUCAGUUAAUAUUGUUGGCAAUUCUUUGAUUGGCAUGAAUUCGGAUUCUGGCGAUGCUUUUGAACUUUAUAGUCAAAUUGAUGGUCCGGGAGUUGGUCUUGAUGCUUUUAGAUUUGCAAAGUCUCUUGAGUGGAGCUGCAAGUGUUGGAGCAGUUGGUGUGGUAACAUAGAAGUUGCAUUUCAAGAUUUCAAACAAAUGGAUGAUCGAACGAUCGGAAUGUAA